GGUGGUGUAGUUUUUGCCAAGACUUCAAAGCGAGUAGUUCAAUUGUCGGUUCGGUGCAGAAAUCCCAAUCAAUUCGAUCUACUUCAAGGAAACGGAAAAGGGCAGGGUAUAAGAUAACAAAGGCGAACACAAAGAAUAGUCAGUCAUUAACGACAAUGACAAUCUCCAAAAACAGCCAUCACAAAUCGACAACAAUGGCCUUGGCCUACGUUACAGCAUUAAUCGCAUUUUGUGGCAUCACCAUAGGCAGCACAAAUGCCAUUGAACAACCCUCGAUACGGGAAGAGAUGUCACGACUCUUAGGCAAAUGUCAUUUACAGAGCGAUGAUUAUGAUUUCUGUAUGAAAGAUGUAUUCAACGAUUUGAGAGCGUAUUUUCCGACAGGCAUUCCCGAAUACAAUGUGAAACCAUUCGAUCCACAUCAUGCCUCAUUUGUAGAACUACGGAGGGGAGAUCAAAAUGGAUUGGGUUUCAAGUUAAUUUUACGCAAUGUCUCCGAAUAUGGUUGGACCCAAUCGGAAGUUACCAAAUUCCAUUCGGACUUUGAACAAAAUCGCAUUAUCUAUUCGCAAUAUUUUCCGGAGAAAAGUUUGAAUGGAUGGUAUGAGUUUUCGGCCAAAGUGUUUGGUACACUCAUUAAGAGAAGUGGAUUUUGGAAUAUGACAUUAUAUGAUUACAGUCAAACAACAAGUGUCCGACGCCUGGGAGCUCCUGGUACGCUAUUGAAAAUCCAUGUCGAGGUGGAUCGCAUUGGUGGCAUGCGAAUGCAUGUUGGUGAUGUUUUGGCGCCGGGUCGUGCUCGCCUUGACAACGUAUCUGAUGGAGUCAUAAACAGUGCUUGGCCCUUGGGUUUACCCUUCAUUAAGCCAAUUAUCAAUGAAUUGGUUAGCACAGCAUUUACGGAUAUCUUCAACGAAUCAUUUCGAUAUUUUCCCUUACAUCAGUUCAUUAGUUAAUCGUAUUUGUUAUUUAUAUUUUGUUUCGUAAAGACAGGAUUUUUUCUUGUUCAAGUCACUAUUGUUGCCUAUUUCAAAAGAAACGACUGUUACUUUUAGUUUGUUAUUAUUAGCAUAAUUUAUGUUUUUUGUUGUUUGUAUUUUAUGUGAGAGAUGGUGAUUUUUUGUUAAAUAGUCUUACGAAUGUAUGCUUAUACUUUUUUCUAAUAAUACUCA